AGAAGGGGGAGGGCUACCAACUGAGACUAGGCCAACCAGACCGCUGGGGGCUGCCAGCUUCUGAGAGAGACAGUCUCCCAAGGGCCCAUCUGACCCAGGCCGACUUGGUGGUAGCCAAGGCAGGGCUACCCAGGGCCUGGCCCUUGAGCUAAUCAGAGAGGCCACCAACAGGUCCCCCCCCGCCCCCCGCCGCCGGUCCUCAGGGAGUGGGAGUGCACCUAGGAUUGUGGUUUCUCUACCCAUCCAGGGCCCGGGCCCGGGAGGCAUUGUGCCUGGUUGUAGACAGGAGCCUUCCUGGGGAACUCAAACCAUACGUUUGUUUACUUGUAGAAAAGAGAGAAGCUAGGGGCCUGUACCCCUCCCCUCCCCCACACUUGGCCAGGGCUCCCUCUCCAGACCAGCUCAGAGCCGCCUUUGUGACAUCACAUGACAAAUAAAGGGGGCGAUGACUCAGGCACCCGGUUGCCUGACUACGAGACUCCAGAAUUUGGGGGACAGUAUAUAUGGGGCACCCCUGUACCGGCCGAAGGCAUUUCUGACUCGAGAGUCAAGUGAGACGGUCUCGGGGUGAAAAUGCUCCUGAUCUAGACUUAGCGCCAUGGCUAGUCAGAGUACCGACGAGAUACGCCCGGUCAAGCUGGCUCCGCCUGGUGACGGAGAGUCAGCCACAGCGGUCCCAUCGACUUCCUCCCUGGGUCCAAAUUUGGAUUCCAGGGAGGUUUUAGAGAAGCACGAGGACCCGGCUGUGAGCCGAGAUCCAGAUCCCCAAGACAACCCACAGCCAGAGGCCCCAAACCUGGGUGCCGCCAAUGUGGGACAAAACAUUCUCGGGCUUUCCUUCCCGAGAAAGCUCUGGAGCAUCGUGGAGGACGACGCCUUCCCGUCCGUGCGCUGGAAUGACGACGGCGACACCGUGAUCAUCGAUGAAGACCUUUUCCAGAGGGAGAUUCUCCACCGGAGGGGCCCAGAGAGAAUCUUUGACACUGACAGCUUGAAGGGGUUCAUCUGCCUAAUGAACCUGUACGGGUUCAGCACAAUACGCCCAGACAGCCCUUCGGUUCGCGCCCCGGGGAACGGGAGGAUGACGAUGUACCGCAACUCCAACUUCCAGCGAGACAGGCCCGUGCUGCUCGAGAAUAUUCAGAGGAAAGGUGAUCCGAGAACCGGCACCAGGUGGCUAGGAAGCGGUGCAACACCUCUAAAGAGAAAGAAGCAGGUGGCGGCGGCGACAAGACGUUCCCCACGAUUCCAUCACAGCGAAUCCAGCAACGACGACAAGGCGGGCCCCAGAGAAGCCCCAAACGUUCAGGGACCCAGCGGCACCCAGUCCUUUGGCUUCUCCAGUAUCUGGUCCCUGAGCAGCGUAGCCAGAAGUGCCAUGGAAAAUCAUGGCCCAAGUGAGCAGGGUGGCCCAAGUGGGGAGGGCACCUCCAGGAAUGUGAUGUUUGUGCCCCUGGCUACUGCCAGAAGGGACGGCGCGGGGGAGCUGCCCACCGCCCUCCCGGCUUACCCAGAUGACGGGUUGCUGAUGUCGCUGUACAACACCUGCUAUUCCAUCCUGCUGGCUGGCCUUUCUGUCAUGUCCCCAAACGAGGCCCCCAGUGAGAAUGAGGAGGAGGAGGGUUCCUCAGAUUACAAGUGUGUACUCUGUGAACACUUCAAGGACGACCCGGUUCCCUAAGCUCACAGGCCACGGGCGACAGAUAAAAAUCACCAUUGUGGAACCCUGACUCUAUUCCUGGCCUUAAUAAAGAAAAGCAAAACUCCGCAGGAGUCAAUAAACAAUGACACCGGCGAGUCUGUGUUCUUUCUAACUUGCGACACCACGCACACCUCAUCGGAGAAACCCGAGGAGGCUGGGAAUCCUGGCCCAGGACCGGGUCUGGCCCCCGUGGGUCCUCUUUGCUUUGAAGCGGC